AGUAACGCAAGUGUAAACGUAAGUGUGUUGCACCGCUGCGUAACGACACAAACAACUGCGGCUCAGUUUGAAAUGGGCGGGAAGCUGCACCAGGCUCUCAGAGCUCGUCCCUUCUACAAGUCAUUGGACGGCUGCAGCUCGGCGGCGCUCGUAACCUCAUUUGCUCUUUCAUCCGUUUUGGAGGCAUCGACAGGCUCCUGUGAACUCUAGAUGACAGCAACUUGAUGGCAGGUUUUGUUUUUGUCUUUUUUUUGUUUUGUUUUGUUUUAAACAGCGUGCACCUGCAUAUGAGGACUAGCCAUACGAAGUGUCUUUGUGAGCUUUAGGUCUCCCAGCGCUGCUGCCUGAGGGGCGCCAAUACGUGAUCUGAUGUUGCGUCAUGUCAUUUGGGUUUCAUCUAAAGCGAUUUGUUUUCUAGGGUUUUUUUCCCCGAGAUCAUCAUCAAGUGGAUGCAAGACCGACGCGGUGUAGUAACACGAGCCAGUCAGGCUGCAGCCUGUGUGUGUGUGUGUGUACACACCGCGUGAAGCAGAGACAAGGAGGCAGGAGAAAUCCUCGUCAUGCUGAAGUUGGCUCGUAUGUGAUUGUACAGCACGUUUUCGGCCGGUGGUGACUAAAAGCCUCCUCCUCGGAUAGAGAUGGCGUGAUCUUGUGAAGAUCAUGGCCGAAGCUCCAGAUGUAAACAGGUUGUCCACUGCUGCUGCGAGAGGAGACUUGAAAGAAACCGAGCAGAUACUAGAGAGCAGCACCAUUAACGUGAAUGCGAACAACAAAUUCGGCAGGACACCACUGCAGGUGGUGAAACUCGGCUGUCCGUCUGUUGCGGAAGCGCUGCUGUGCGCGGGCGCUAAUCCCAACAUUCGCGACCCCAGCGGUGGACUGACAGUGACGCACGACGCGGCGCGCGACGGCCACGCGGACACGCUUCAGGUGCUGCUGAAUUACGGAGCAGACGUCAGUCUCCAAGACGACGCCGGCAAUCUCCCGCUGCAUCUGGCGGCGCGCGAGGGACAUCAGGCCGCAGUGGAGCUCCUGGCGCCACUCACCGCACAUCCAUUUCUACCCAACCAUGCAGGUCUCACGCCCCAGCAGCUGGCAUCACAGCAUCACAGAGACGAUACGGCACGCUGGCUAGAGAACUAUGUGCCUUAGCAAUCACAGUAGGCAGAAGGCCGCCCGCUUUGUCCUAUGACAGAGGUAGUUUAGAAAUUAAUGCUGAAUGAGCGUUUCGGUCUUAUCCGAGAAUUAUUCAGCUAACUACCUCUUUUUUAAAAUUGUGAAAUCUGGACAAUGAAGUUGCGAGGAAUGAGCUCAAACGAAGGCCAUUUUUAAGCACACACAAGGCCAAAUGUUUUUUUACAGGCCUAGGCUGCUUUCCCUUUGGUGUCGUGUUACAUAUAAUAAUUAUUCACCAUCGUGUCUUUAAAUAGGUUUGAUUUUUAUGGCUAUUAAAUUUUAAUGUAAAGAUGUUUCAUAUGUCUCAUAUGUGCGCCACUUUCUCGGAAAAAAAUGUGCUAAACUGUAUUUGUACUUGUAGGUGAGUGGUACUUUCAAAGUUACAUGUAUUCUACCUUAGGGAUCCAAUGUAGCCUAUUUUUUUAACGCCAGAACGUUGAGGUAGUGUAAAUUUUAUUAGCGUUUACAGUAACAUUGUACUAAAUAAACUUUUUAGUUUUCGCUAAGGUGGAACAUUAAUGUUGCAAUUAAUAUGUUACGUUUGAUCUGCAAACUAAUUAGUUUUAGAGUGAAGUUUAAAUUAUAUGCAUGUUUCCCGCCAAAAGAUACAUACUUUAUAAAACAUGUACAAUUGAGAUUACAAAUGUUACGUUUAGUACUCUUUUCUAGGAGCAGUAACGAGGCCUUUCGGCCCAGUUAUAAAAUAAAAACUUUAAUAAUUUUUAAAGAUUGCUAAAGUUACAAAACACUUCAUAUUUAUUGUACUACUACACCAACACAGAGAAAGUACAGUUUGGUAGCGUUAUUUCUGAGUGUGUACAGAGUGUGAAACACCAGGAUAAUAAUGGCUUUGUAUGGAGUGUGCUGUAUAUUUUUUACUGAAUAGCCACUUGCCAAUUCCCGUCAAACAACUUGCCAGUUUUGUUUAUUUUCAAGUCCGCUGUGAAAUUGUUUCCAACAAGAAAAUGGAUUUUCAUUAUUGAUGACCUAAAACAUCACGAAUCAGAGCUCAAUUCUGCUUGGUAAUAUUACUCUCCUCUGUUAUACUGAAAUAAUUGCACUAUAUGUUUCUGAAGGCCAGAAGCAUGUCUAUUUGCCGACGCUAUGAUGCCUCGUUUCUUUUUUAUUUGCUUCCGUUUAUUAAAUAAAUUGCACUUUUUUCUUUUAGAUAAAUCAUGCAUUUUUUGAUACUUGUAAAACUGUAACUGUGAAAGAAUGUGUUUUGUUACCAACAAAACAUUGUGUUUUCUCAAAAGGAACCAAAGACAAAGUCAAUACACGAUUUCCAAAAAGCAUCCCUGACUUAGCUUGUGUUUAGCAUAGAGUAUUUUAUUUAACGGAUCUAAUUUCCAACAAAGCAGCGUACUAAGUCAAUUUGCCAUAUAUUAAAUUGGAUUGCGCUUACUUGAACGUUACUAAUGGUUGUAUCGUUUAAUUAUGUGAAGAAUA